AUGAAUGAAGAACAAAGGUACAUAUUUUUUAUGUUACUUUAUAGUAUAUUAUCAAUUAUAAAACAAAAAACAGAAAUUAAGUGUUUGAUUUCUAUUAUUUGGCAAUUAAAUUUAAUAAAACAUAACUAAUUUUAAUGGAAUAUUUAUACAUAUAAAUUAUAUUUAAUAUUAAUUAUUGAUCAGCUAACUUUGAAUGCAGUUGCAUUAAAGAAUACCUUUUACUUUAUAAAAUAUUUUAAUCCAAAUAAAAGUAAAUAGCACAAAACACCAUAGGUUCUAGUUAUUAUUUUGUAAGAAAGACUAUUUUUUAAAUCAUUAAUUUAAGAAAUGUUUUUAUCAUUGAGAUAGUAUUAAAUUAAGUUAAAUAUGAAUUAAGUUUCUGUAUAGUCUUCUUAUUGA